AUGUAUCGUGCAGGGAUUGUAAUAUUAAUCUGCUGGAUGUGCUGUGUGUCCCAUUCGUCAAAAAUUAAAAGUCAAAGUUUGUCACUAGGAUGGAUCACCCCCCGUGAACCUUUAUACAUACAGGUGAAUGACUCGUUCUCAUUGCAAUGUACGCUCAAUAUGCAUGCCGGACGUGGAUUAAACAGCAGCAAUCUUAUGUUCUACCUAGGCGAUAAACCUGUUCCACGAGAACAGGUGAAGAUACUCAAUGCUUCUACUAUUGAGCUAACGGUAAAGCGAGCAGUGCCACAGCCGAACUAUGGGUACACAUGUACCGUGAACGAUAAGAAUGGUGUUGAGAUGCGCAGCGUCUACGUUGGUCACAAACCGCGCGAGGUGAAGGACUUCAAGUGCCGUGACCCGCACUGGUCUAAUAAGAUGGUGUGCACCUUCACGCCGGAUCCAAAUACGAUACCCACGACGUACAAAUUGAAGUUAAGUUAUCCGUCCGCCUUUCAAGAUUACGACUGUAAUCUCGAAACUGACGACCAGACAAAACAAACAAAGUGCAUCAUUGAUGGCAGGAUGGGGUACCAGAAUUUCAGAGAACUUUUCCGUUUUUAUCUGACCGCAGAAAAUGAGUUAGGCACGUUGAAUCAAGAUUUCACCAUCAAUCAGUUCGAUGUGGUCGUUCCACAAGAACCCAAGGAAUGUGCAUUUCAAAAUAUUACGUCCGACAGCGCGGUACUAAAGUGGAAACAUUGGUACAAGUAUAAAGAAUUUACUUAUCGCAAGUUUAAGUUCGAAGUCAAGCUGCUGUCUAAAUUUGACAACAACGUAUGGCACACAGCUAUCAACGACAUCGUACUACUUAAAGGUGAGGAGUAUACACUACCCCUGCGGAAUCUUCGAUAUGCUGCGACAUCCUACGAUGUUCGUAUCAGAAUGCGCACGAAUUCGUCUGAGGAAGGUGAAGAUAUGUGGUCAAAUUAUACUGCCUGCCUGUUCAAUACGUUGCCCCGUAAACCUGACAUACCACCGGAUGUGGCCAUUGGUGGCUUCGAGGACUCUACCGAACAUCAUCUAUUCGUGUAUUGGCGGAAAUUAGACGACUGGCAGCAUAAUGGCAAUGGAUUCUACUACAAUAUUACCAUGAUUGGACCGAAUGGAACAAUUAUUACUCACCUAAACACGACAAAAGGUGUGAUCGACCGACAUCAUGUUGCUGACAUGGAUUAUACUUUCAAAAUACGCAGCGUUAAUACAGAGGGUAUUUCGAAACGUAGCAGUGAAGUGUUUGUUCCGAGUCGUCGGCAUCGUCUUGGCAAACCCUUGAUCGACAAGUUGCUCUCCGAUUCGGGCAAGUUUACGCUAUCUUGGAAGCCCCCUUCUCAUGCUCAUGCUACGAUCACUAGCUACACGGUAUUCUGGUGCAAUACAACUAGCAACUCUCCGAAUGAUUGUAAUGGAUCAAUUAAUUUUACAAGCGUCGCCCCGGAUCAGACUACCUUUAUACUUAGCGAUGCCGGAUCAACACUUAAUUUUGCUGUAGCAGCAAACGCCGGAAAUCUUUCAUCAGGCAUGGUAUGGGCGGCUUGCACAGCCACGCACAAAACUGACAUUGGCAAGUUGAAAAUUAUCUGGAUCACCGAGAUGAUGUCGUCAUACAUUUACCUAAAGUGGAAUACCGAGUGCGGUGAUGUGGCACACACAGGAUAUAUCAUCUACUACUGCCCGAUCUCGAAUCCUCGCACACUCAGUUGCAAGGAACCGGAACUUUCAGUUAACGUGACGAACAAGAAUCAGCAGGAAUGCCAGUUGGAAAACCUGAAACCGUACGUCACUUAUAAGAUUGAAAUUGCUAUGUACUCCGAAACGCAAAUGGGACCUCGCAGCGAACCGUUGGUGAAUACGACAAGGGAGGCAGCUCCAUCGCCACCACGAAAUUUGAUGGUUCGUAAAAUAACGAAUAGCAGCAUAACUCUGCACUGGGAACCACCGGAACAUAUCAAUGGAGGCAAAAUGAGCUACGAAAUCAGCUACAAUGGCCAUCCGUUGAAGUACAACGUUGAAGAACUAGAAACAGAAGAGAACCAAACGCUCGAACAUCUGGAUGCAUUUACCGAGUACAAUAUUAGUGUGCGAGCUCUGACCAUCGGAUUUUCAAAUGCCAGCGAACCUGUGCGUGUUCGAACGCUGGUAGGGAAUCCGCAAACGAUCGGACAACCGAGCACCAAUAGUUCGAACGGUUCAAAGCUAACUAUUAGUUGGAAUCCGCCCAUGAAACCUUCUGGUUGUGUGGAAUUUUAUGAGUUGAGGGUGAAAGCGAAGCAGACAGUUACCUAUCAACAACGCAAAACCGAGUGUCAACUGCGUGAAGCAAUAUGUCAAAAUCGCGAUAGUUCGAAGUAUGAAUUUCUAGUGCGUGCAGUAAACAUAGACAUUGCCGGACCAAAUGAGGAAGCGUUUGAGCGGCUUUCAUGCAACGAUCGCUGGGCUGAGUUGAAUAAAAUGUGGUCUGAUUUGAGGCGGCAUGUAGCGUAUGCAGAUUGUGGAACAUACGAUGCUGAAUCUACUUGGCUUCAUUCACCACCGCCUAACAUAAGGCUGCAUUAUGGUCCUUGGUCUGAGCCGUUGGCGCACUGGUGCUCGAUGGAGAACAAAAAUGCUUUACAUCCAUUCAUGUUGAUAGGAUUUAUCAUGAUGUGUUCUGUCAUCGUGCUUGGUUAUUCGUACAUCCGAGUAAAGCACGUACUGCAGGUUAAGGUGAUAAUACCGGACGGUCUGAAUGACAUUACUGGAUCAGGUAAACCAGGAUUUAACUCUGUGCUUGGACCAACUGCCAUCAUUUUCACGGAGCACCAUCGCGUCGAUCACAUUAUAACGGGAGGUUCCAACAAAGAGGCCAGUUAUAGCAAAGAACAAAACCAAUGUCUCCUACCGUCAUCUUCGUCCUCCGGAGGUAGCAUCGCGGACUUGAGCGGCCAUGAUCAACGGUCCUCAGCUGAUUACUGCAGUAACAGUGGAUGCUGCGAGGACGAUAGUACUAGCUUUUAUGAUCAGGAAGCAGAACGUCAAGAUCUACAUGGGUAUAGCGACGAAACAACGGAAUCAAUUGGAAAUAGUCAGGAACACGAUAGACACUUGGGCAGCACUAGCCGUAGAUCGAACGAGAUAGACUCAUCAUUCGGACAAAUGAGCCAAAGAAAAACAAGCUCACCAAUGCACUUGAUGGAUGGCAAUAAUGGCAGUCAAAACAGAUCAUCCGCAAUACCGAUUACCGUCACAUCUGGAUAUGUACCAGCGCCAGUAGUAAGCGCCAUCAAGCAGCCAAUCAGUUCAAAUGGUUAUUUGCAAAUAGGAGCACUGACUAAUGGUGGUAGCAUGCUGGCGCCAUUGGACACGACGAUGAUGCAGAAAUCGCUGAAUGUUAAAAUAUCAACAGCUCCUAUAUCAGGCUACGUAACGCAUAAGCAGCUAUCAGAUUAUGGACAACAUUUAAAAUAA